UCUUUAUUUUAUCUCACAGACGGAGACGAUAUUCACCAUGUCUUCACCUGGUGAGAUGAACACGACGACCGAUGAGAUGAUGACCGGAAGCGAUGGUGGUGGCAGUAAAGAAUUCCGGUUCACUGACUACAAUCAGCGACUGAUCCUAGCCAUCACAUUCAUCGUCAUCUCUGUUAUCGGAUCAAUAGGCAACAGUAUCGUCAUCGCUGCUGUAGCCAUGUCAAGGAAACUUCGGACUGCCACCAAUGUCUUCGUGGUCAGUCUCGCCAUUGCUGACCUCCUCACCAACCUGUUCUUGCCAUGGAACGUUGUUGCUUUGUUGAACGAGGACCGAUCACAGUGGCCCAUGGAGGAGUCAUUCUGCGUGAUGGCCGCUAUCAUUCUCUAUACCUGUGUCGGGUCGAGUGUCUACAGUCUUGCUUCAAUCGCUCUGAAUCGCUUCGUCCUAAUCACCCAGCCAAUACACGUGUAUCACCACUACUACUCCAAAGUUAGAAUGGGUAUCAUGGUCUUGUUCACUUGGAUAAUUCCUCUGUUCCUGUCUCUCUUGCCUCUCAUCUUUGGGCUUGGACAGCUAGGAUAUGAUUCAAAGUACGGUACGUGUACUCACAAGACCUCACAUCCGUUGUCCGAUUACUACAGCCUGACCCAAGCAGUCAUCAUCUACCCGAUCCCAUUAACAGUCAUCCUGGUGUCCUAUGUGGCUAUCUACGUCCAUGUCCGUGCUCAUACCAAGACCAUUACAGAGGUCCAGGAUACGUCAGAGUCCUCAUCAUCAACGCACAAACCAAAAAGGCGGGAAAGUACCGCUCGACGAUCAAUCAGCAAACGCCAAGUUGAGAUCACCAAGAACCUCUUUUAUGUCGUCUGUGCGUUUGUCCUCUGCAUCACGCCAUACUGUGCUAGCUUGGUGAUCCCAGGUUCGGAACCCUUCAUACCAUGGGCUGGGGCUAUCAUCCUCAUGAAUGCUUGUAUCAAUCCGGUCAUAUAUGCCACCAAGCACCCGCACUUUAAGAAGGUGAUGUUUGCGAUCAUCAGAUGUCGGCUAUCGGCGAUUCCUGAACCAAGUUCAGACUGUUUACGCGCUCAAGGUCAGCCGAUACCAUCAAGAUGAACAACGAGAAAUGAUCGCUGAAGAACUUGAGCUGAUCUCUUGCACAUCUAAGACUGUGGUCAUCAACCCAUCACUUGUUGCACAGGAAUCCGUUGAUAACUUUUUCAUAUCGGACGGAUGGAUACCAUGCGCAUAAAACAAAAGGCUUGAAAAAGAUGAUCGUACGUGAUUAAUAAUUCCGUACAUAUCAGACGUAAGAGGUCAUUUAAAGUUGUUACGAAUUAGAAAACGACUUUCUGUGCAUGCGUGGUACAAUCGGGUGACGAGGGAUGAGUCAUUGAACUCUAGAAGAUCAUCAACAAACUUGUUCGAGUGCCUUGAUAAGUUCACGCUACAGGCAGGUGCGUCACCGAUGUCAUAACAGCUUAGUGGUAGUGAAAUCAUGAAUUUUCGAGGAGGAAAAUUUUGAAACAUGUUUAAGAAGUGAACAUUAACAGUCAUGACCAUGAUGACAAUGGACCAAAUACCCUGGUAAUAUUGGGUUUACUCUCCUGGUUGAAAGGGUGAUGAAAUCAGUCAUCGAUCUGAAUACAGGGAAUUGACUUUUGUUUUCUUCUAAAGACUGAGAGUUUAGUUUAUAUGGUACUAAUGGAUCCCCUGACUUACCGUCCCAAUAUUAUUUUCGUUACAAAUAAUUCAUAUGUGUUGGAAUCCACUCAAAAUUGUAAAAUGAUUGAAUAGGUCUACACCCUUUUGUAUUUAUUGGGGUUUUUCAAAAAAUAAAUUACUUCAAAUAAAAAGAAUACUAUAUUAUGUCCUUUCACAAUUGGCUUAUUAGACUUUAUAUAUAAAAUUGUUUUUACCUUGUUGCCCCAUUAAACUAUACUAGAUAACUCCCGCAGGCCAUAUUUUGUACACUAAUGUCAUUAUACUUGCCGUAUUAAUAAUGUAUAAUGUAUCUAAAAGGCAUUUUGUAAAGAAUAAUAUGUUGUAUGAAUAUUUAACUAUUCUCAGACCUUAUAACGACCAGAUGAGUUUGUUGCGAGAGCAUGUGUGUGUGUGUUUGAAAGAGGGGGGGGGGCAGAGAGAAGGGAUGAGAGAGAGUCGAUAUUGAAAUUAUCUCCAAAUAUUAUUGGUGCUAUUUAGUUAAUUGAAAAAGAAAUUUAAAUUGUUUAACCGUGCCUCUUAUUGAUAAAUAUAAAGAUCGUCCUAUUUGUAUACAUUCACUUAUUUGUUCUUCAUGAGAUUGAACGAAUUAUGUACAGUGUGAAAUGUUUUCGUGUGCUUUUCAAUGUAAUAUAUGUAUUAUAGAUGACUUAAUUUAUGUGAUUACACAACGCAAGAAAAUUUAUUUAUGAAAGUAGAUGUUUUAUUUAAAAGAUUCUUAGUUUAAAGUAUGUAUUGUGAAGAAACAUUUUUCACAUUUUUGCUAUCAUUCGAAAUUAAAGUCUGGUUUACAAGAAACUUUUACUUAUAAGAAUUUUAGUACAUUUUGAAUUCACAAAACCAGUCUUAUUUGAAAUCAAGACAUUAUGUACGAGCGUAACAUUCAGCCUUUCCAAACUUAUAUUGACAGGAUAUUUCCAAACUCGAAUGGCGGAAAGUGAUGACACUCAAUACGAUGUCAUGAAAUAAUAGUAUGCAUCGUUCUCGAUUAAAGUUUCUUUUUAUUACCAAAAUUCGAUUCUACCAUUCAGUCAAAUUCACUCUAGCCAAAUAAACAUACUUUUGGUUAAAAUAAAUGUUAGUAGGAAAAAAACAAUGAUAAUCUAAUAUGAGUAUUAGUGGUUGUUUGUUUAGUCAAUUCAUCACAGAGCGCCUAUUCAUUCUCUAUGGAAAUGAGAGCAAUACAAUUUUCAGAAAAAUAUGUAAAUCCAAAAUAAAGGAGGAAAGACCUACCCAGAUGUGAAUUGUGUAGUGUUAGUAUUCCUUUUUAUAUAAACAGAAAAAAACUCACUAUGUUUUCGAGAAUAAAACUGUGUGCUCAUCACAGAUUAUGACAGAUUUAUGCGCUGAGAUUUUGAUGACAAAGUUUAUUUGAUUCAUAUAACUUUCCCAGUCAUUCACAUUAUAUUAUCGUGAUAAUUGGCAAUUAAGUAAGUCCGUCAUGACUUUAUCGUACAGGAGGGAAACGUUCCUGGGAACAAUGAAUAUACUACGAUAGGAUUCAAUCGAACAUAACUGAUCAACCAAAAUCGUUCUGCAACGAUACUUCUUUCCGUCUUCUUCACUUUUAUGGCGUUUUGUCGGUGAAGAGGCAAUACGUUCGACUGAAGUAUAUCAUGUAUAUUGUAGCAUUUAGCGUUCUCGGGAAUGAACAAAACAAAAAGUCAAUCGGGAAGGAUAUGUUCUGCAAGUUGGUAGAAAUUCAGUCGUUUCGUAUACUUUUGAAAUAGUGUUUUUGUGUAUUGUUUUGAUUCUGCUACUUGUACAUGAUUGUGUGAGACUUGUCAUUGGGCGCACAUUUUUUUAUCUCUCUUCUUUAUCGCUAUAUUGUUUGGUAUUUGCAUAAAACUGGUGGAUUCAAUGAAAAAUAAUAAAUUUUGUGACAAGAUGAAAA